UUUUCACAAAAAACACAUUUAAUAAAACACAUGAGUGUUCAUUCACAAGAAAAACCAUAUCAGUGUUCAGAGUGUUUGAAAGACUUUUCUCAAAAAUCACAUUUAAUAAAACACAUGAGUGUUCAUUCACUAGAAAAACCAUAUCAGUGUUCAGAGUGUUUGAAAAACUUUUCACGAAAAUCAAAUUUAGUAAAACACAUCAGAGUUCAUUCACAAGAAAAACCAUAUCAGUGUUCAGAAUGUUUGAAAAACUUUUCACAAAAAUCACAUUUAAUAAAACACAUGAGUGUUCAUUCACUAGAAAAACCAUAUCAGUGUUCAGAAUGUUUGAAAGACUUUUCACAAAAAUCACAUUUAAUAAUACACAUGAGAGUUCAUUCACAAGAAAAACCAUAUCAGUGUUCAGAAUGUUUGAAAAACUUUUCACGAAAAUCACAUCUAAUAAGACACAUGAGAGUUCAUUCACAAGAAAAACCAUAUCAGUGUUCAGAAUGUUUGAAAGACUUUUCUCAAAAAUCACAUUUAAUAAAACACAUGAGUGUUCAUUCACUAGAAAAACCGUAUCAGUGUUCAGAAUGUUUGAAAGACUUUUCACAAAAAUCACAUUUAAUAAAACACAUGAUGUUCAUUCACCCAAAAAAACCAAUCAGUGUUUAA